AUGCAGGGGCUUCUCCUUGGAGCUCUCCUCUUCUCUGCUCUGUCACAGCUCUGCUGCAGGGCACAGGGUAUGGGGCUGUCAGACUCGGCACUUGGAGGAAGGCUUGGAGUGUCAGAAGUACAUCAUCGUAAACAGCUUUGCCACUGGCCCUGCCAAUGCCCUCGUCGGAAGCCCAGUUGCCCUCCUGGGGUGAGCAUGGUGAGGGACGGCUGUGGGUGCUGUAAAAGCUGUGCCAAGCAACCAGGGGACAUCUGCAAUGAAGCCGACCUCUGUGAUCCGCACAAAGGGCUGUACUGUGACUACUCAGCGGACCAGCCACGGUACGAGACUGGAGUGUGUGCAUAUCUUGUUGCUGUGGGAUGUGAGUUCAACAAAGUACAUUAUCAUAAUGGUGAAGUGUUUCAGCCUAAUCCCCUGUUCCGCUGCCUCUGUGUGAGUGGGGCCAUUGGAUGCACUCCUCUGUUCCUACCAAAGCUUGCUGACAGUCACUGUGCCGAGGCCAAAGGUGGAAAGAAAUCUGAUCAAUCAAAUUGUGGCCGGGGAAAAUUACAACAGCAGCUUUCAACAAGCUACAAAACAAGGCCAGCUUAUAGGAAUCUCCCACUUGCUUGGAAAAGAAAAUGUCUUGUGCAAGCAACAAAGUGGACUCCUUGCUCCAGAACCUGUGGCAUGGGAAUAUCUAGUAGGGUAACCAAUGAAAAUAGCAACUGUGAAAUGAGAAAAGAGAAAAGACUGUGCUAUAUUCAACCUUGUGAUAGUAGUAUAUCAAAGACAGUAAAGAUCCCCAAAGGAAAAACAUGCCAACCUACUUUUCAACUCUUCAAAUCUGAAAAAUUUGUCUUUUCUGGAUGUUCAAGUACUCAGAGUUACAAACCUACUUUCUGCGGAAUAUGUUUGGAUAAUAGAUGUUGUGUUCCUAAUAAGUCUAGAAUGAUAACCAUUCAAUUUGAUUGCCCAAAUGAAGAAUCAUUUAAAUGGAAGAUGCUAUGGAUUAUUUCUUGUGUAUGCCAGAGAAACUGUAGAGAUCCAGAAGAUUUAUUUUCUGAGCUCCAGAUUCUAUAAACCAAGCUCCUGGGAGAA